AUGGCGUCCACACUCCCCAAACUGCCCGUCUUCGAGGCCAUCUCUCGUCAUGACCCCGAGUCGACUGUCGUCGUUCACUCCAACAGCGGAAGGACUUUCAAGUAUGGCGAGCUCCUAGAGGAUGUCUACAAGACCCGGAACAGGCUAUAUGAGACCGCUGGCAAGGAAGAUCUUAACGGCGAACGCAUCGCUUUCUUGGUAGAAAACAGCUACGAUUAUGUAGUAACUCUACUGGCAUGUUUGGCGGCCAAGUCUAUUGCCGUACCCUUGUCUCCUGCUUUCCCAGCUCCGGAGCUCCAGUACAUCCUGAACCACAGCGAAGCCCUGCUGCUCCUCUCCUCCGCCAAGUUCACCAAUAAGGCACAGGAGGUGCUAAAGACGGAAUUGGACUCUAAGCCAACUCUUCUUGAGCUGACCAAGUUCCAAGGAGGAAGCCAGCAUGAAAAAGUCACUCUGGACACCAAGUCCGGACCGGGAGAGGCGGGCAUGAUGCUCUACACUUCCGGAACCACAAACCGUCCUCUCCAUCGAGUUCAUGUUCCCCCUUCAACCCCCGACGCCGUCUGGAAGCGUUUCGCCGCCCCUUUCCUCCCCGACACCUCCGAUAAGGAGAAGGUCACCUUCUUCACCGUCGUCCCGACUGUCUACUCCCGCCUCCUAACGACCCACAAGCACCUGCCCGACGACUUCCAAGCGGCCACCCGCGAAGCUAUCGCCCCCUCCAACCUCCGCCUCGCAAUCUCCGGCUCCGCCGCCCUCCCGACCCCGAUCAAGAAGGCCUGGCACGACCUUUCUUCCGGCAACGUCCUCCUCGAGCGCUACGGCAUGACGGAAGUAGGCAUGGCCCUCUCUUGCGGCCUCGAAACCGCCGACCGCGUCGACGGCUCCGUCGGCUGGCCUCUCCCGGGUGUGGAAGCCCGCCUGGUAGAUAUCGAGAACAACACCAUCAUCGAACCCGGUCAGGAAUGGGACCCCGAGACGGGCCGCGAGCGCGCGGGCGAGAUCCAGUUGCGCGGACCCAGCAUCUUCAGGGAGUACUGGCGCAACCCCGAAGCGACAGCCAAGGAGUUCGUCACGGACGAGAAGGACGUGGCGGGCAGCAAGGGCCGGUGGUUCAAGACGGGUGACGUAGCCGUCAGGCGACCGGCGCCCGAGGGCGCGGGCAAGAGCGACCGCGAGAGCCAGAAGGAUUGGGCGCGGGGGGACAUGUACUUCAUCCUGGGGCGGAAGAGCGCGGACAUUAUCAAGAGCGGCGGCGAGAAGGUGUCAGCGCUCGAGGUGGAGAGGGAGAUGCUCAGCCUGCCGCAGGUGGCCGAGUGCGCGGUGCUGGCGGUGCCUAGUGGCAAGUGGGGACAGAAGGUUGGCGCGGUGGUGAUUCUGGAUAGGGAGCAUGUGCCGGAGGGCAAGUGGAGCCCGCUGGAGAUGAGGAGGGCGUUGAAGGAUCGGUUGGCGGCGUACAAGAUCCCCCAGGUGCUGAAGAUUGUGGAUAAGAUCCCGAGGAACGCGAUGGGGAAGAUUAACAAGAAGAAUCUGGUUAAGGAGGUGUUUGCGGAUGAGUUUAGUGGAGAUGAGCUCUAG